AUGAGUGAAGAGCCUGGGGCCCAUCCUGAGGCGUGUGUCAUCACACACAACCACACACGACCGGAAGACAAACACAUUGACGAUGUCAUGUCCUACCCGCGACUACAACCCCUCCCGCUCACUGGAGGUGAGCCCAGAGAUGUCACCCUUCUCCUGUGGACGCACCCCUUCGGCCACUACCGCAGACUGCCGGACUGUGAGGCGCGCUUUGGGAUCCGUGGGUGCGCACUGACCGACGACCGGCGCAUGUACCAAGGGGCUGACGCCGUCAUCAUACACCACCGUGAGAUAGCGACCAACGCCACCGCACUCCCGGCAGACCCACGGCCCCGUGGCCAGAAGUGGAUCUGGAUGAAUUUUGAGUCCCCGUCUCACACACGUGGCCUGCGGCGGUUCGAGGGCGUGUUCAACCUCACCAUGACCUACCGUGCAGAUUCGGACAUCUUCCUCCCCUACGGCUACCUGGUGCCCCGCCUUCGCCCUCACGCCAACGGCCCCCGGCGGCCCCACCUACUGGCCUGGGUCAUCAGUAACUGGUCGGAUUCGCAGGCCCGCGUGGCGUACUACCGCCGGCUGGCUAACUACGUUGGCGUGGAUGUGUUCGGGCGUGCAGGUGUGCCACUGCCAGAGGACAGCACUGUGGUGCGCACGGUGAGACGCUACCAGUUCUAUCUGGCGUUGGAGAACUCACAGCACACCGACUACAUCACCGAGAAGCUCUGGAACUCCUUACUGGCCGGGGCCGUUCCUGUAGUUCUCGGGCCGCCGCGGGAAAACUACGAACGCUUCCUCCCCCCUGAGGCCUUCAUCCAUGUGGACGACUUCCCCUCUCCCCGCUUGCUCGCCCAAUACCUGCUGCUGCUGCGCCGGAGCCCCGCCCUCCUGCAGAGACACCUGGCCUGGGGGAGGAGCUACAGCGUGCACCUGACCUCCUUCUGGGCGGAGCAUUACUGCACAGCGUGCCGCGCCGUGCGGAACCACAGACUCCGGACUAACACCAUCACCAACCUUCAGCGCUGGUUUGAGUCCUGA